UAUGCCAGUAACCUUCAUCCUUCAAAUUUGACCCCAAAAUUUGAAUAAAUUUAAUUGUGAGAGUCUCUUGUGAGAAAUUCAAGAGAUAAAUAAUGUAUUCCAAAUCAGUAACAGAUUUAUCCAAACUUUCCAAGGAUGAAGUCAAACGGUUUCUAGAUUCCUUCGAUACAGUGGUCACUGACUGUGAUGGGGUGCUCUGGAUCAUGGGUAAUGCCAUUCCCGGCUCAGCAGAAGUAUUACAAAAAUUACGCGAUUUAGGAAAGAGAAUUUUUUAUGUAACAAACAAUUCUACGAAAACAAGGAAUGAAUUUUUAGAUUAUGGGAGAAGCAUGAAUUUUAUCAUUAACAAGGAUGAAAUUAUCAGUUCUGCAUAUCUCACCGCUUGUUACUUGAAAAGUAUAAAUUUUCAAGGAAAGGUAUAUGUUGUUGGGUCAGAAGGUAUCUCUCAGGAGUUGGACGAAAUUCACAUUAAACAUAUAGGAGUUGGUCCCGAUCCAUGUACAUCACUACCAGACGCCUUAAAUUUCGUGAUUGAUCCCGAAGUUAGGGCUGUUGUAGUGGGAAUGGAUAAGUAUUUUUCCUAUAGUAAAAUGUUAAAAGCAGCUACUUACCUCAAUAAUCCUGAAGUGUUGUUUAUCGGAACAAACACUGAUGAGAGAUUUCCAGCCAGUGGUUCGAAAAUAUUGCCAGGUACUGGAUCAUUGUUGAGAGCUGUUGAGUGUUGUAGCUUACGAAAAGCAACCAUAAUGGGAAAACCAAGCUCGUAUGUCGGUACUGUGUUGGUUAAUGAACAUAAAAUCAUUCCAGAGAGAACUUUGGUUAUUGGGGAUAGAUGUAAUACGGACAUAAUACUUGGUAGUAGAUGCGGUUUCAAAUCGAUGCUGGUUCUAACAGGUGUAACGUCAUUACCAGAGGUACAGCAAUAUAAAAAAUCCGAGAAGGCUGAAGAUAAAGAACUUGUUCCAGAUGUUUAUCUUAGAUGUUUGGGUGACCUUAUGCCAUUUUUAGUUGAGUAACUUUUUUACAGAGAAAAUUCCAGUUCAGUUGGUAAAAAUUAAAUGUUUUAGAAUUUUAUUGUGAAUUGAUUGAAAUCAAUAAAUUCAACCCUAUC